GGGCACCACAAUGGACACAGUCGAAUGCUUUCUCCAGGUCCACAAAACACAUGUGGACCGGUUGGGCAAAAUCUUAUGAACCCUCAAGUACCCUGUAGAGGGUAUAGAGUGUGGCAGCCCUACUCAAAGCAAUUAUUAAGGCAUUAUACUUUACAAAGACUUUUCAAUUACUCUACACCAGUUUAUUUUUUUUUACUUUUUGUCACAUUUGCUGAAUAACAAAAGCAAGGAAAAUUUAUAAUUAUACUUAACAUAAUAUUCUUUUACCUGAUUAUUUGGUCUUGUGUUCUUUUAGGAAAGCCUUUUAACACCUUUCCUGAAGCUCCAAAUCAGAAAUAAGCAUAUAGCAAAAUGGAUAACACGCAUGGUCCAGAGGUCAAGUUGAGACUGGACGAGGGUACUGAACAUCCCACGAACCUGAGAGGACAGUGGUCGAGCAAAAUUGAGUUUCUUUUGGCUGUUGCGGGACAGAUUAUAGGGCUGGGAAAUGUGUGGAGGUUUCCUUACCUCUGCUACAAAAAUGGAGGAGGAGUGUUCUUCAUCCCGUACAUACUUUUCCUCUUCUCCUGCGGAAUUCCUUUGUUUCUGCUGGAGACAUCCCUUGGCCAGUACACACAGCAAGGAUGCAUCACCUGUUGGAUGAAAGUCUGUCCGCUAUUUGAAGGGAUGGGUUAUGGCAGUCAGGUAGUUGUUUUGUACUCUAGUAUCUAUUAUAUAGUGAUACUAGCCUGGGCAUUUCUAUAUCUCUUCUCUUCCUUCAACUCUGAACUUCCAUGGGCGACCUGCAGGAACAGCUGGAACACAGAAAACUGUGUGGAGUUUGAUCAAAGACCAGAUUAUUUCAACAUGACUAUACCUGCAAAUGCAACCUCACCAGUGAGAGAGUUUUGGGAAAGAAGAGUUUUAAAUAUCACAGGCAGCAUCGAUGAGCUGGGCAGUGUUAGAUGGGAGUUGGCUCUCUGUCUGCUGUUGUCUUGGAUCAUCUGUUACUUCUGUGUGUGGAAAGGAGUGAAGUCUACUGGGAAGGUGGUUUACUUUACAGCUACUUUUCCUUAUGUGAUGCUUGUCGUGUUGCUCGUUCGUGGACUAACGUUGCCUGGAGCCUUGGACGGGAUCAAGUUCUACCUUUACCCAGAUCCAGCCCGCCUCGCCGACCCGCAGGUAUGGAUGGAUGCUGGGACACAAAUAUUUUAUUCCUAUGCAAUUUGUAUUGGUUGCUUAGCUGCAUUGGGCAGCUAUAAUAAGUACAACAAUAACUGCUACAAGGAUUGUGUAUAUUUGUGCCUUUUGAACAGUGGAACCAGUUUUGUUGCUGGUUUUGCCAUCUUCUCUGCUCUUGGAUUCAUGGCCUAUGAGCAGAACAUUGACAUAUCAAAAGUGGCAGAAUCAGGACCUGGUUUGGCAUUUAUCGCCUACCCUCGAGCAGUCGCCAUGAUGCCUUUUCCUCAAGUUUGGGCCAUAUUAUUUUUCAUUAUGAUCAUUCUUCUGGGACUGGACAGUGAGUUUGUAGGCCUGGAAGCUCUCACAACAGCAAUAUCUGACCUGUAUCCGUCCUUCUUCCUUGUCGGCCAUCGACGUAAACUUCUGCUUCUGUUCGUCUGUGUCUUCAGCUUCUUUGUUGGCCUUGUCAUGGUGACGGAAGGUGGACUGUACAUCUUUCAGGUAUUUGACUACUAUGCCUGCAGUGGAAUGACUUUGCUUCUGUUUGCUAUUCUGCAGUCUGUGUGCAUUGGAUGGGUGUAUGGCGCUGAGCGCUUUUAUGACAACAUCGAGGACAUGAUCGGAUACAGGCCUUUUCCCCUUAUUAAGUACUGUUUGAAAUAUGUCACUCCAGUGAUUUGCCUGGGGACUUUUGUGUUUUCCUUGGUUAAGUACACCCCUCUGAAGUUCAACAACUCAAUAGAGUACCCAUGGUGGGGUUAUGCUCUUGGCUGGUGGUUCACCCUCUCCUCAACACUCAUGGUUCCCCUAUGGAUGCUGUACAAUCUGCUCAUCACCCCUGGUACCCUGCGAGAGAGGUUCUCUAUCUUGUGCACUCCAGCUGAAGACCUUCCUCUAACCAAAUCAGAAAAAAAAGCUCUUGAACUUCUCAGCUUGCCCACGUCUCAGAGCAACAUGGAGUGAUGCGGUGAAUGAGCCCCAGAGGAGGAGACAUAGAGACAUCAGGAGUGCUAAGCCUGAUCCCUUUGGACCAUCUUUGAGAUGUUUUAACCCUUAAGGAAGACUAAACAGCUCUGCUGUUUUAUUUGAACUAGUUAUUUAUAGAAAUUGAAAUGCACAAAAAACUUGCAAAUAUUUUUUAUUAUUCCAAAAUUGUUAAGAUUUUAUAUCAUUAUUUAACAACCAAUAUACUUUGAAUGUAUUACUUUUUACCCUCUUCAGCACUACAGAGUUUUAAAAUCUGUUAAAAAAAAUUAAAAACUAUUUUAUUUAUACUAAAAACAGAAUAAGUAAAAACGUUUUUUUGUUCUUUUGCAAGAAAACCUUUACAAAUUGGCAUUUUAUAAAUCCUGUUACAUAUAAUUUAACUAUAACCCUCUUAUUACCAUCUAGCCGACACAGACAGAACUUGGCAUCAGUUUGUUAUUGCAUUCAAAAGCACAUAAAUAUUGAUUAACUGCCACAUUUUCCUACAGCCAUAAAAUCUAAAUAAAUAUAGGUAGCUCUUUAGUGACAAAUGUUGAUUAUAAUUUGGUUGAAUUUAUAUUUCUUGACACUAUUUACUUUUUCUUGAAAACAGCAACAUAAUCCAUAGCUGCAAAUUAUACAUAUCCCUGGCAGAUUUUAUGUUUAAACUAUUUAUUUUUUUAAUUUUCCCAACAUAGCCAAGGCUACAAGUAAUAGUAAUGCUGUGGAGCAGCCUGACUUGAAUUUGAUAGAGAAUCUGUGGAGGAAGCUUAAGAUUAGGGUGAUGACAAAGAAUACUUGGAGGUCAUGGCCAAAGAUAUAUCGUCCAAAUAUCUGUGGAUACAUGCAAAAAGCUCGUCAGCAAUUAUAAGAAGGGUUUGAUUGCUGUAUUGCCAAUGAAGAUUCCAUUGAUCACUGGGAAGGGUGUUCAUAAUGUUUGACAUGGCACUUUUACAUAAAAUGUCAAUAAAAACUAAACAUUUUCUUCCAAAAUUGAAACUCGUUUUACAUUGUUUUAUUAUCCUUUGAGAGGUACCUUUCUCAUUUCCUAUCAGAAACAAUAAUAACAAAGUAAAUCUGCCAGGCGUAUGAAUACUUUUGGGCUUAAAUGUAGUUUUAAUUUUAAGGUGAAGGUAAAAACUUCAUAUACUGGAUUGUUAGACAGUCAGUCCACAGACCCAGAUCUGUUAAACUAAGAAUUAAAUUGAUAAAAAAAAAAGGUCAUCACAUUCAGGAAGUAUUUGGUUUUUACUUUAUUCUUUGUAUUAAUGCAAGCUGUUUCAGUUAGACUCACAGAUUGACCCUAAGCUUUCAGAUUGUUAUAUUCUUUUCAAGAUUUAAAAUCAUAUUUUUCUGUUGCUUUUCAUGUCAAUAUAUAAAGGGAAAAAUAUAAGUGUGGGAUUUUCGUUAAGCAUGUUUUGGUUUUUUAUACCCCAGCUGACUGAAUGAUGCAGCAAAUCUAACCUUGUCAGGCUCUAAUUGGUUGCCAAUGUUUACACAAAGAGUUGUGUGCGUCCAGUCGACCUUUUUCAACCACACUAUGCCAACACAGAUUCUCAUGGUUGUUUUUUUAACGGGAUGUGGAAUGUCUAAUGCUAAUAGGCAAAGAUCUCUGGAUUUGGAGGUUUUAGGGAUCACAGGUACACAACUUACCAGAGCCGAUGUACGUUACUCACACCUUAAAACUGCUGUUUGGUUCAAGUUAAGAUCCUGGGCCAAAUCCUUUAGUAAAGAAAGGAUCUCUGUUUGAAAUUAUACCCACAAUAUGAUGAUAGUCUCCAUUAUUUCCUCAUAUCAUGCACAAAUACAACAGAAAAUGUUUUGCACUGCUGUCACCUAAAGUUGUUAACUUAAAAACUUACAAAAUGUCAAAUUUGUCUCCAUCUACACAAAUAAAUUAUAUUUUUAAGUCUACAACAUGUAAUAAGAUGUGACACUGAAAUGCAAAUCUAAUAAUUUUGUAUGGUUUCACUGUCAUUAACGGCCUAGUAGCUGUUACACAUGCUGUAAACCUACAGCGGGGCUUUAACUUGCAAAAAAUGCAAAUGUUCUGUCCAUCUACACAAACAAAAUGUUUUUAAUGUCUGCUAUUUGUCCUUUUUGUAGAAUGUAUUCUGUGAUGGACAACCUGUUUGACGCACAUAAGGACUUUUAAGUGAUGUACAGAGAGGACUAAACUGUUAUUUCCUCAUAAAUUGUUUCCGAGUCAAAUUUCUAUUUAAAAACAGAACUGACUGUGUCUUUUUUACAUUUUUAAGAUAACAUUCUUUUUGAUUGAGACAAAAGAGGAAGUAUAUUAGUUCUUUCACAUUUAAUGUCACAAAAUGGCCUUUAGCUUUGUGCUCCAGAAAUGUAAUGAGAUGUAAAGUCAUUAAUAACAGACUUGAAAAAAAAUAUGGCAUUGAAGUGCAAAAACAUAGUAAUUACUGAUCUUUUGUAAUCAUUAACUAGUAUUUGUUACUGAUGCUGCUUUAAAAGACAAUUUACAAUGCAAUAAAGAAUAACUAUGAUUAAGUAAAUGAGCUGUUGAUCUCUGGUUCAGUUUUGAAUUUAAUGUGAAUCAGUGUAUGUAUAUGAAAUGAAUGUAUUUUUGACAGUUAUGUACCUGUUUUUUCAAUAAUCUAACUUUUAACAUGUUUAAAUCUAGAUUUUCAAAGAUUCCUUAGUUUAGAGGUUAUUGUUUUUACUGUUUUGUGUGAUUUGUUUUACAUCAUAUCUCAUUAUAAUGUGUCAGUAUAGAAUAUUAGUAGUUUUUUAAUGAUACUGGGAAGAGCAAGCAGUGUGAUAAUGUGUGAUUAACCUCAUUGUUGGAUUUGUUUUGCAGAUUAAAGCAUUGAAGAUUGUGUUUGUCAUCAAACAUGAUACAUAAAUAAACUGUUAGAAAUUA